CGCACGCACUACGUGCUGUGCUCAUGAAGCUGCGCGCGCAGCGUGUGUUCGCUGACGUCACUCGCGGGAAUGGCUGAGAAAAAGGAGCGCGAGAUAGGAACUUGGGCGCGCAGUGGAUGUUCAGCUGGAGAGUUGUUGCGCGCUUUUUAAUGAAAGCUCUUACUGUAUUUGAUCGACCAUCUCAUUAACAUCACAGAUGUUUUUGCGAUUGUAUGCUGUACGCACUGUGUCCUCGUAAAGACCUGUUUCAUUGGAGCAUUUUUUUAUAAAACAUUAGGGAAAUGUCGUGGUGGGCGCGCGGGGAGGAUGAGGAAGAGGCCAUGUGUCAGGACACAGACUCUGAUGUUGCUGAUCAGAAGGAUUGUGGGAAGGUGAAAGUGAAGUGGACCCAGGAGGAGGAUGAUAAGCUGCGAAAACUGGUUCUGAACGCUGGACCAAACGAUUGGAAACACAUUGCUGGCUUUCUACCUAGCCGGUCGGAGCAUCAGUGUCAGCAUCGCUGGUUCAAAGUUUUGGAUCCGGAUCUUGUCAAAGGACCCUGGACCAAAGAGGAGGACGAGAAGGUGAUUGAGCUGGUGAAGAAGUACGGGAACAAGCAGUGGGCGAUGGUGGCCAAGCACCUGAAGGGGCGUCUGGGGAAGCAGUGCCGGGAACGCUGGCACAACCACCUCAACCCUGACGUCAAGAAGUCCUCCUGGACCCCAGACGAGGAUCUCAUCAUCUACAAGGCGCACUGCAUGCUGGGAAACCGCUGGGCCGAGAUCGCCAAACUGCUGCCUGGACGAACAGACAACGCUGUGAAAAACCACUGGAACUCCACCAUCAAGCGUAAGGUAGAGACGGGGUAUUACACUGGUGUGGACACCACGCUUCAGGCUCUCCAGCAGACCGAAGCAGAGGAGCCGGCGUCUGAGGAGAGCGCUCAACAGCAGUUUUGCUAUGAUGGAGCCAGUGAGGGACUACCAGGCCAAGUCUUAAAGCAGGAUCCUGAAGCACAGGAGAAAGCCACGACUGCUCCACAGAAAACGGCUUCUCCCAAGACACCCAAAAGUGAAGCUGGAGACUCGAACGUGUCCACCUGGGUGAUGGACAGCUCCGGGUUCCUCUCUCCGUCAGCCGCCCCGACACUGAAGGAGGUGAUGGAGCUGAUGGACGGCGAUCUGGAGGGCUGGUGUACGAUGUCCGACUUCGAGCUGCCGGAGGACAGCCAGAGCUCAGAGCUCCUGCAGUUUCGUCUGGAGGGAAGCGCUCUACAGGAGCUCAGCAAGAGCAGUAAAGGAGAGCUCAUCCCCAUCUCCCCCGGCGGAGCAACACCUCCGUCAAUCCUGAGCCGCCGCAGUCGCCGGCGCAUCGCCCUCUCGCCCGACCCCAACGACUCCAUGACCCCGAAGAACACUCCCGUCAAGAUCCUGCCUUUCUCGCCCUCACAGUUCCUGAACAUGUGGACGAAGCAGGACACGCUGGACCUGGAGAAUCCCUCUCUCACGUCCACGCCGGUGUGCAGCCAGAAGGCUGUGGUCACGACUCCUCUGCACCGGGACAAAACCCCUCUCACACAGAAGGAAAACUCACUGUUCAUCACUCCAAAUCACAAAUCUGAUCUGGAUACGACGCCUCGUACGCCAACUCCGUUUAAAAACGCCAUGGAGAAGUACGGCCCUUUGCGGCCACUGCCUCCGACACCAAAUAUGGAGGACCUUAAAGAAGUGUUACGCAGUGAAGCUGGAAUUGAGUUGAUCGUAGAAGAUGAAACUCCUACUGAGAAGAGACGCAAACAAGUGUAUCGGCCUCCCAUGAAGAAAGUGCGCAAGUCUCUGGCUCUGGAUGUGAUCGACUGCAGUGAGAGUAUCACUGCACGAAAGCAGCAGAGCAAACACACAGACAAAACUAAUCCGAAGGCUCAAACGGCACGCUCGCUCCAUCUCGACUCCUGCGCUGUGAAGGAGGAGAACCUGCUGGAUCAAGGGUUUAUUCUCGACCCGAAUGAGAGUGGGCCGCCCUCGAAACCUGCGCCUCAAACACCGAGCACGACUCCUCUGCCUGACUUCAACAAACGGCUGGUAGGGACUACACGACAUUCCUCCCAGAUGUCUUCAGCCUGGGAAACUGUUGUGUGUGGACGGACAAAAGACCAGCUGAUCAUGACGGAGAAAGCCAGACGGUACCUUCGCUCUUUAAAAUCUCACGCCCCAAACCGAGCCCUCAUACUUUCCUGAGUCCCGUUGCAGCUUCUCGGAUAUUCCUUACAAAACAUAAUGUGGAAAAUUUGUGUUGAUGAAUAUGAAACCAAUUACUGUUCCAGAAUAGACACUUUAAUGCUGAUAAUGCUCUUGUCCUGUUUUCUAUGACUUAUUGGCACAUUCAAAAUACCAUUUUUCUUCAUUUAACCCUGUAUAAUAAUAAUAAUAAGUGUGUUGCUAUUCUUUGUUUUAUUUAUGUAUUGUCAACCCAUUAUUCAUGUGGCAGCAAACAAGUGCAUUUUGCAGCAGAAUUUUAAAUGGUGAACAUGCCAAGCUGAGGAAAUAUUCAGGGAUCUCAGUAUCUUUUUAUAUUCUGUUGACAUUUUCUGCAUUUCUGAAAGGAUAACUAGACGUCUGCUAGAGCUCAUGUGAUGUACAGUGUGUGUGUAUUCAAAGAAAUAGGUUGACCGUUUUUUCCUGCUGUUUGGAAAAUACUAUACAUCUUGUAAAAUAUAUUUUAGGAGUUCAGAAGUAAUGUGACAAGGCCAAAGUGAGGCC